AUGAAUCGAGAACCUUGUCCUUGGCGUAUUGUUGAUGAUUGUGGCGGUGCUUUUGCAAUAGGAGCAAUCGGUGGAACACUAUUUCAUUCAAUUAAAGGAUUUCGUCAUGCUCCCAGUGGUCAAUAUAGACGAUUGAUUGGUAGUUUAAACGCAGUAACACGACGAGCUCCUCGUGUUGGAGCGUCAUUUAGCGCAUGGAGUUGUGCAUUUUCACUCAUUGACUGUAGUUGUGUUUAUGUAAGAAACAAGGAUGAUCCAUGGAAUUCAAUUCUAAGUGGUGCAGCAACUGGAGCUAUUUUACAAGCGAGACUGGGAGCUGGCGCUAUGAUUGGUUCGGCUAUUUUUGGUGGAUUUAUUCUUGCUAUGAUUGAAGGAACUACUAUUUUACUUACUCGUAAAAGUGAAAUGUUUAUGCCACCACCAGUAAUGGAAGAACCACCCAUUGAUAUGGAUAAAGGAAAAGUCGAUGGUUCUUUGCCACCAAUUUUUAGUUCGUCUUCUGUACCCAGCCAUUUUUCUUGA